AUGUCCCGAUCCCGCCGACCCGAAACAACCCCGCAACUAGCAUCCACAACCGAAACAGAAACGUCCCGAGAAUCCUCCGCCACACCCGGAUUCGGAUUCGGAUUCCCACAAACCCUCCGACUACGAGGCGACGACACAUCCACAUCUACAUCUACACCCAGUGCAAACGUUGAUCCCUCACAAUCUGAAAACCGCCGCAUCAGAUGGAGCGAAGAUGUCGUUGAUAAUGAGGGGAUGGGGAAGAAGAGUUCGAAAGUAUGCUGCAUAUACCACAAAGCCCGCCCCAUCGGCGAAAGCAGUUCCGAAGAAUCCUCCUCCUCCUCCUCCAGCGGUAGCGACAGCGAGAGUGAAAAUGAGGCCGAUCGGCGCCGAUUAGCCGCGAAUCGUGCUCGGGGAGGAGGCCUGCCGGAGAUGGACACGAUCAUGGACAUGGACAUGAGCAUGAGCAUGGGCAUGACUCCGACGCCGAUUCAUCUUGCGAAAACCACCAGCACCAACCAGCCAAACGAAAGGCCAAUAAGCCUAGAAGAAAACCCAGUCCGAAUGCUUAUGAGAAAAUGCCUAAACCUUCGAAUAAACCAUCCGCACCUGUGCAGGGUUCUUGAUUUGGAGAUUGGAUGUUGA